AUGGGUACGAACGAUGACGAGCUUGGCCCUGCUUGGCCAGAGCGCAAGAGGGGUCCUCCACGCUACGGCCACAAGCGACGGACGUCAGUCCCACGCAGCGGCUCGCAGCGGACUCGCAGCGAGCGCUCGUUCGCCACGGAAGGGAAAUCGGUCAUUAGUAAUCAGAUCCGUCUUUGGUCAGGAAUAGAGAAAGAGAGGCUUGCGAUUCGCUUCCAUUUCCGGGUCGGUCCUCGCGUCAUUGUUCACCACACCACCACCCUGCAGCGUCCACAUACCACCAUGUCUCGACUCGCUACAACAAUAUCCCAAUCCUUCCGACGCGGUCUCCUCGCUCGAUCAACACCCGCGACGCGCUUCGUAUCGCCCGCCACACGGCCUUACUCGACCUCGUCCGAAUCGACGGAGACAAGCGAAGGUGAACGGGCGCUCAAGAGCAAGCUGCAGCAGGCACUGCAGGGGUCGACAGUGCAGGUACAGGAUGUGUCAGGUAAGUCAGCUGGGACGGGCUGGUCCUGUUCUGGUGAGCGAGAUCGAACUUACUGAUUGGACUGGCUUCGACCUCACUCACCCUUCACCUGCGAUCGCACUCGCACCCACUCGCGCCCCGGUCGCGAUCGGCGUCGUUGCAAACAGGGGGCUGCGGCACCUUUUACGCCAUCUCGAUACAACACGCCUCCUUCAAAGGCCUGUCAACGAUCAAGCAACACCGCAUCGUUAAUGACCUUUUGGCCGAUGAGGUCAAGGGGAUGCAUGGGCUGCAGGUAGGUCUCUUCAACCGAGCCGUUCCCGAGGAAACUGAUCGGCUUUGCGCCGCGAGUGCUUGA